AAAAAAUAUACGUCACAAAUGGCGGCGGUGUAAAUAUUUUCUAGUCUAUUUUUUCAAUUUUAUUUCAUAAUUCCUCAUUAAAUUUUAAAAUAAAAUCAAACAAAUUUGCAGUAAAUAAUAUAAUUAAAAUAAUUCCCAUAAAAAAAUCCACACAAAAACGACAAUGCACUCGAGAAAUAUCCAUCGUUCUGAGAGUUCUCUCGUCAAUUUAACCAAAAUGUUUGUUCAUUUAUUAAAGAAUUCUGAUGGUCAAUUGGAUUUAAAACAAGCAGCCAAAUUGUUAGAUGUUCAAAAACGACGAAUCUACGAUAUAACAAAUGUCCUCGAGGGCAUUGGUUUGAUUGAAAAAACUGGUCAUUGUUGCAUAGUCAAUUGGAAAGGAAAUAUUAAAGACUAUUGUAAUAAUGUUAGAAGAGACACAAAUACUGAAGAAGAUUUAAAAACGAUUGAGGAAAACCUUGAUAGGGACAUUGAGCUGGCCAAGAUGAACUUGAGACUUAUAACAAACAACCAAUCGAAUCAAUCUUUUGCUUAUGUGACUCGUGAUGAUCUCUUGAGGGCAUUUGGGGAUGAUACUGCAAUUAUAACUGCCACAAAUAUUGAAGAGGCUGAAGUCAACAGAACAAGUGAUACUCUACAUAUUAAGUUAGAAACGGGAAGCACAAUUGACGUUCGUGUGGUAACUGACGAGGGAACUUGUCUGAUGGAUGACAACAAUUUACCUUCUGAAGAAUCACUGCGAACAACUGAGACUCUAGAUUUCAAAGACGAUGAAUUUUCGCCAAAUGCCACAGACGAUAGCAAGGGCUAUAUUCAUGAUGCUAUAACGGCACAAAUUAUUUUUAAAAAUUUUAAAAAGGGAUAUUCUUUGAAGAGAUUUUAUCCUGAUGAUCCGAAUUUAACAAAUACACCACUUUUGCAUCUUAAUCCGCCGAAAAUGGAUUUUAAUUUUGUUUUGGGUUGUGAUGAGGGUGUGUGUGAUCUUUUUGAUAUUCAGUCCGUGUAAAGAGACAAUCGAACAACACGUUUCUUUGUCGUUUUAAAGUUUACUUCAAGUGCAAAUAUAAAUUCAUGAAUUAUUUUCUUGUAUUUAUGUUAACAAAAAUGUAAUCAUCACCACUGUGGAGUAGUUUUAAACAUUUA